GUGCGCAGAAUCUGGGGGCGUCGAACGCGCAGCCAUCUUGGUGUUUUGGGUGUUGUUGAAGGGUAUUAUAUCUGUGAUAAUCGGCCGGCACCGAAGCGCUGUGCGUUCGUCCGGAGUGUAUUUUAUGAUUUGAGAGGCCCCUCCUCGUCGCGAGAUAUUUAUUGCAGCUGAUUUCAGCCUCAUUGUUCACUCGUCGCCAGUGGGGCACAGGAGUCAGCGGCUUAGGAUGGCCAAUAAAGAUGAUGAAUACGAUUAUCUUUUCAAAGUGGUCCUGAUAGGGGAUUCUGGUGUUGGCAAGAGCAACCUUCUUUCAAGGUUCACGCGGAAUGAGUUCAACUUGGAGAGCAAGAGCACCAUCGGGGUGGAGUUUGCCACACGCUCGAUCCAGGUGGACAACAAGACAGUCAAAGCUCAGAUCUGGGACACAGCAGGCCAGGAACGCUACCGUGCUAUCACUAGCGCGUACUACAGGGGAGCUGUGGGUGCACUGUUGGUGUAUGACAUAGCGAAGCACCUGACCUAUGAGAAUGUGGAGCGUUGGCUGAAGGAGCUGAAGGACCACGCUGACCAGAACAUAGUCAUCAUGCUUGUGGGCAACAAGAAUGACCUCAGACACCUUCGGGCUGUGCCUACUGAUGAAGCAAAGGCCUUUGCUGAGAAAAACAAGCUCUCGUUUAUUGAAACAUCUGCGUUAGACUCCACGAAUGUAGAAGCAGCGUUCCAUCAAAUAUUAACAGACAUCUACCACAUCGUGUCACAAAAGCAGAUACGGAGUGAAGGGGACAAUGAUCCGUCUCCAUCUCGAGACAACAUCCCCAUCACGAUUGCCCCCACGGACCCAACGGACAACCGCAAGAAGUCGUGUGCCUGCCAGCAGUAGCAUGCUGACCGCUGGAUACAACACUCGGCUGCGCAGGGCCCCUGUAAAGUAGGAGGGACAAGAGAAAAAAGAAACGAGGAGGGCACAAGAGCACUCCUGCACUGUGGCCUUUUUCUUUUUCCACUUUUGUUCUUUCCAAAGGAAACAAAAAACUGCCCCUACGUUGCCCUCUGCCCUCUUACUUUUUUUAACAGUGCCCUAUUCCUUGAUUCAGUUUUUUUCUCCCUUGUUCAGAUGACCCCCAGCUACUGCCCCUUCCUUUACUUUUUUUUUUUUUUUUUACCAAGGAAUGGCUAAUUUUUGUAGCAUUGCUAUGUUUAGCACCAGCGUUGCUCUCGUUUAGAGAUCCUCAGUGUUGAACUGAAGCAGCAUUGCUCGUGAACUGUGCUACAGCGGGCCGAGCGUACUGGUGUAUUCAAGUCACCUGCUCAGUGAGGCCCUUCAGUUGCCUGAAGGGAACUGUCAAAUCGUCUAGUGAGAGGUACAAGCUAAUCUUUUUUUUUUUUUUUUUUUUUUCUUUUGAAGACCAGUCUUGGCUUUUUUUUCUGCCAUUCCUGAUGCUGCUGUAUGCUGUGAGAAUAAAGAGGACACUUGUUUAUUUAAUACAGCUGCGCGCUUAUGUCGCGAUAAAGUUUGCUGAUACACUACAUGUGUAUUGUUUAGAAUUCAGUGGCUUGCGUUCAGCUUUUCAAUGUUUGUUGCCUUUGAGGAGGGACAUGAGCGAUGGGCGCGAAAUUUAACCCUGGUGCAUUGUUUCUGGUAUUCAAAGCAGCGCUUCAAGCUGUUCUCCUCCCCAUAAUUUAGCCUCGAAUUGAUUCAAAGUGCCAGGUGUUUUGUUGUGAAGGCAUGCCGAUUUCAUUGGUCCCUAACUGCGCCUUAGCCCAUGCAAUCUUUCCAUUGAGUGUGUACUUGCGGCAGUAAUUUGCUGGAGGCUCCUCGCUUGGGUAGUCCUUUCUUUUUCUAUUUUUUUUUACUCGGUUGUCAUAGGUGUUCUGUAUUCAGCUGUUGCUGCGACAGAUUGAGAGAGAAAGUUUUGUGGAAAUGAUCAAUUUGUAUUUCGAUGACUGUACAAUGGAUGACGUCGUUGCUUGCGUGGACGAUUUCUUGGAUGCCAUACGAGCGUGUGCGAGAGAGAGGAAUCUGCUAUGCAUCUGCGGUGCACCAGCACUGGCUGCCCCGGCCAACAGGCCCUGUUUUGUGCAUGUCGCCCCAUAAGCAAGCGCCGUGGCAGUGAGCGCUGGUGUACGUGGAGGCCCUGUCAUCCCGUGUAUAUAUAUAUAAUUACCAAUAAAGUCCCCAAUGUCUUCGCUUAUA